UUAUUUUCAGAUUACUAAUUAUCUAAACAAUGAACCCAUAUUAAUUCAUAACGUUUUUUUGGGAUCACACAAAAGGAAGCAUAAUUUUACAUUAAACAAAGCAAAGGAAAAUGGUUGUUUGGAGCUUGUCCGUUCUUCGAGGGGGUGGUUUUGUACUUAAGCGGAAUGCUCUGGCCCAGUACUAUUCGACGCGUGGGCCUCGGGUUGGACCUGACCGUAUUCUACCCUCCAAUAAACACUGGGGAACUAUGCCGGCUGAUGCUGUUGAAAUCCGGUUUAGCGAUCUGGAUCCGGAUUGUAGGAAACCUCCGAUAUCGGUUUGGACAAUGUUGGAUAAUACUGUUAAGCGUGUACCUGAUAGGACUGCACUUGCGGUCAAGCGAGAUGGGGAGUGGGUCAAGUGGACCUACACAGAAUACCAGGACGACUGUAAGAGCGUAGCUAAAGCAUUUAUAAAGCUUGGAUUAAAAAGGUUCCAUGGAGUUGGAAUUCUUGGAUUCAAUGCUCCUGAGUGGCAUAUCAGCGCUGCGGCUUGUAUUUUUGCUGGCGGACUUACUUCAGGUAUCUACACGACGAAUAGCGUAGACGCUACUAGAUAUGUUGCUGAGCACAGUAGAGCCAAUAUUAUGGUUGUGGAAGACGACGAGCAGUUCAAACAGAGGGGGCAGUCUUAUUUUCCUUGA